AUGGUUUCCCAACUCACGCUCGCUUUUCUCGGUCUCGCCUCUACCGCCGCUGCGACGUACAGUCCACUGCAGCUGAGGAACUUGCACAACCUGCGCCAGGAACGUAUUGUCGUCGAGGUGCGACAGGCAACUUCGGAAGGGCCCGAAUUACCUACCAUCACACAAAGCCCCGAGUGUAUUUCCGCUUUAGCGCCGCUGGGCUCCGACGUCCCCGAUGUCCCAUCCGAGCUGCUGUCGUACAUGGAGUCGUUCGCAGCCACGGCCGACACCAGCAAUCCGACCGUCUUGUGCGAGGCCACCCAGGUACCGCAGUCGUUGUCUUCCCAAUACAGCUCGUACGACCAAGCAGCGAGCAGCUGGCUCAGCAAGCACAGCAGCGACCUCCAAGUCGCUGCUACCAAGUGCGGUGAUAGCGACGUCCAAGUCAGCCAGGCCGUAGCUUCUAUCAGCGCUUUCCUUGGAGAGGGAUGUGGUGCUGCAGCUUCAAGUGCAGGCGACGCCAGUUCUGCCAUUUCUACAACCGUAUCGCCGGGUCUUGCUGCCCGGCCCACUGGUAUGGUUGCAGGUGCCAUGGCUGCCGCCGGUGCUCUUGGCGUCGCGGUACUCCUAUAG